AUGGCAGAUAUGAGUGCUUGGGAAGUCCUUGGUGUUCCCAAAGAAGUUCAGAGAGGACUCAGUGAACAAAGUUUUACUACACCAACCCCUAUACAGACUCUCUCCCUUCCACCUGCAAUAUUCCACCACAGGGACAUCAUUGGUGCAGCAGAAACAGUGAGUUCAAUCAGAGCAGUUAGAUUGGUGGAGGUCUCUUUUUUUAUGUGCAUUGUUUGUUUACUUUUUUUACUACUAUUUUGAAGAAUUCUUUUUUUUUUUGGAGGGGGAGAGAGAGAGAGAGUAGAAAAAAAUACUUUUUCAACAUGUACAUGUAUUUACUAUGAUGUACACCUAGCUCAUUUACGUGUAAGAAGACCUUCCCACACAUUAUAGCAAACAGUUUCUGUUACUUUAGAGCUGGUCUUUGACCUGAAUUAAUGUCUAAAGUAGGUACUACAUGAGUUUUGAAUAAUUAUAAAUAUGACUUUUGUGAAAGCACUUUUGAGGAGAGCUGUCGAGCUGAAAUUAUGUGUAUAGUGUACCUCUUGAGAGAAAGCUCUGACUGACUGAUUAACUGAAGGUUAAAUUUUGCUAGAUCUUAAGAACUAACUUGGUAGUUCUUCCCUCUAUAUGUAGGUGUAAUCUAUCUUCCUAUAGUUGGUUGAUGGAACAUUAUUUAUACAAAAAUGUGCCUUACAGUAAGAUUAUCAAGAUAAGUCCCUUCAGCUUGCAAGUUUUGUAGUUCUCAUAUCAUUUGUUGGAUAAUGCCUUGAAAUUGUCGGUUGAAGUUAUGAUAAAAUCACUUGGGAGAAGCAUAGAUUUCAGGAAUGGCUGGUUUUUGAGGAGGUUAUUAUUUAAGGUUAUUAAUUUAAAAAAUUGUGUGUAUUUACUAGGGUUCAGGUAAAACACUAGCCUUUGGGAUUCCAAUUCUCACCCAUAUGCUUGGCCACAAGUCCAGUCAAGAAGCAGGUGAAACUACAGAAAAUACUACCAAAAAUAAUGCUACAGAAGCCACAGAAACUGGUAAUGGAACAUCCAAGCUCAAGAAACCACUCCUGGCAUUGAUAAUGACACCAACCAGAGAAUUGGGGCAACAAAUAAAAAAUCAUCUUAAACAGGCUGCAAAACACUCAUCUUUAGAGGUAACUUUAUGUACUUAAAUUGACAAUUUGGAAGUCAUCUCCACAGUUAAUUCUAUUUUCCCAUUGUUAGAAACUCUAUUAUUACUUUAUUUUUAUUGGCCCAAGUCAAUUUUGUCUUGUGAGCCUUCAAUACUAUUUUUUUCAAUGGAGCAGAAGGUAAACCAAUCUCUUGUUUGGAAAGUAUUUUUUACAUUUUUUUGGGGAAACAUGAUUUUGUAGCCUCAAUAGAUUUAGGCAGCUUAAAUAACAAUGAGUCAGCACUGAAACACAUCCCUACAAACAUAAAUUCUAUUGUUUUGUGGUACCAAAUUCUGGAGUGAAAUAUUUAUUUUAUCUACACCCCUUCAGCAGCAAAGUAUAUAAAAACCCUUUUGUUCACAGAAUUACAAUCCUAAUUUGUAUAGGUUGAACUUAAAUCAGGGCUGAAAUACCCAAAGCUCCAAUCUUUGCUUUCCAUGAAUCAAGUAAACCUUCUUAAGAGUUAAAAUUCUCAUUAAAAUGUAAUUCAGUCCAUUUUAAUAACUUUCGAUUCUAAUUCGUUACACUAAUUUUGGUUUCAAUUUGUAGGACCCGCGAAACAGGCCAUAUGGCAAGGGGAAAAAUUUGCACAAUCACGUCACGCAACAUAUCAAGCUGGGUUUGUCCAGUUGA